AUGGAUCAGAUGUUGAAGGAAGCUGCUAGAGUUGGAGAUGUUAUCACGUUGCACAAACUAUUGGAGGAGGAUCCUCAGGUACUGAAGAAAGCGUGCUUAACCAAUUUUGCAGAAUCACCUCUUCAUGCGGCGACACUGGCCAAUCGAGGACAAUUUGUGAGGGAGAUUAUUACUCGAAUGCCUUCAUUAGCCACUUUGCCCAACCAGAAAGGUUUGAUCCCAUUGCACAUGGCUUCAGCAGCAGAGCAAGUUGAUAUAGUGAAGGAGCUCUUAAGUGGGAAGCUUAACAGUAAUGAAGUGAAGCAGUGCCUUGUGAAGGAUGAAGAUGGCUGGACUGCUUUACAUUAUGCAGUUUUCAGAGGUAGGGUUGAUGUGAUGGAAGAGUUAAUGAGGUAUUGUGCUGAGCGUAUGGAAGAAGUGACAGUAAAAGGAGAGACGGUUCUUCAUCUGGCAAUAAAGGCUAAUCAACUUGAAGCAAUGAAGGUGAUAAUGGAGAGGAUCAGAAUCCUUAUUCCAAAUUUUCAGACGCUGCUUGGAGCUAAGGACAUCAACGGCAAGACCAUUUAUGAUCUUGCAAAGGCAAAGAAACAAUUCCAGGUAGUACUAGGCAUAGGGAAAGAAGAGGAGAUGAAGAAUGAUGAGAUAAGGGAGGAAACUAGUAUAGCUGUAGUGGACUCCGCCGAGGACGGGCAAAACCCUAAAACCCCUAAAAAAGAAGAGAAGGAAGAACACAGAAAGAGAGAAUUUAAGAAUGCCAUACUAGUUGUGGUCACCACAAUCAUGACAUUAACAUACGAAGGCGUGUCAGAUCCACCAUCGUCGCUCAUCAAAGAGGGAACUGAAAUACACCGGGCAUGCCUUUCCGCCAGAAAACACGGCUUAAUAAAGGACAUGAAGAACUGUCCGUCCAAAUUGGCUUUUGAGCUCUUGUUCUUCAACACCUUGAUCUUCUUCGAAUCCACCCUCUACCUGCUUUUCACUUUUCGGGGCCGUCGUGCAGUCUUAUUGGGAGGGCUCUUUAUACACCUUAUUGCUGGUUACAGCAUCUUCCUCAUGGCUUUCUCCUAUUAUACCGCUUACGUUGCUAUUCCACUCUGUUUGAUAGCUUAUUUUGUAAUAACGGCACUCAUAUUUGCAACCGACAGAGAGAUGAUAGCUGGUAUAGUAAAAACAGACGCGAUGUACACAAUAAUCCCAUUCCACACAAAUCUGCGUUUGGGAAAGGCUUCAUGA